AUGGGUAGGCUCAUGAGGAGGAGCCAUAGAAUGAAGCAGCUCUACCAUAGUAAUGUCUUUUUGACCCCAAAAGUCUCUCCCUCUGUUUUUUUGUAGUUAAAACAUAAAGGUAAAGGGUAAAACUCAAGAACUUUAAUAAGCGAGAGCGGACUAGUUCUGGGUUUAGCUUUCGCCUGGCGCUCUCAUUUUCGCAUUUAGAAAAAGGAUAAAGGGAUUCUAACAAGGCCUGAUAAAGGAGAACUAUUUCGAUGUGCAGUGGGUCAAAGAAGAUAACUCACACUGGUUUCACCAUGGAGAAUGAAUUUCAAAAGCGAGAUGGCUUUUUCUGUGAUCUCUCUGUUCUGCUCGAAUUGUCUGCCUCAAAUGAUCUGAUUGGGUUUAAGAGAGAAAUUGAAGGAGGUCGUGAUAUUGAUGAGCGAGGCUUGUGGUAUGGAAGGAGAAUUGGUUCAAAAAGGAUGGGUUUUGAGGAGAGGACACCCCUCAUGAUUGCUGCCUUAUAUGGAAGCAAAGAUGUCUUGAAUUAUAUCUUGGAAAUGGGUUGUGUUGAUGUUAAUAGGAGUUGUGGGUCUGAUGGGGCCACGGCGCUUCAUUGUGCUGCUGCAGGUGGCUCUGCUUCUUCUCUUGAGGUUGUUAAGCUCUUGCUUGAUGCCUCUGCUGAUCCUAACACUGUUGAUGCAGAUGGAAAUCAUGCUAGUGACUUACUUGUUCCAUUUGUUGGUUCUGAUUCUAAUUCAAGGGGAAAGGCACUGGAGCUCGUGCUAAAGGGUGGUUGUGCUAAUGAUGAAUCUUGUGUUGUGGUUGAUCAGAAUCCUAAUGAAAUGGAUGGGCAAGAUAAACAGGAAGUUUCAACCCCCAUUUUAUCAAAAGAUGGGACUGAAAAGAAAGAGUAUCCUGUUGAUGUCACCCUUCCAGACAUCAAGAAUGGUAUAUAUGGUACUGAUGAAUUUAGAAUGUAUACAUUUAAGGUGAAGCCUUGCUCAAGGGCGUAUUCCCAUGAUUGGACGGAGUGCCCAUUUGUUCACCCUGGUGAAAAUGCUAGGCGGCGAGAUCCAAGGAAAUACCAUUAUAGCUGCGUUCCAUGCCCUGAGUUUCGAAAGGGGUCAUGCAGGCAGGGUGACGCUUGUGAGUAUGCACAUGGUAUUUUUGAGUGCUGGCUUCACCCCGCUCAAUAUCGAACACGGCUCUGCAAAGAUGAGAUUAAUUGCACAAGAAGGGUUUGUUUCUUUGCCCACAAGCCUGAAGAGCUUCGCCCCUUGUAUGCCUCAACAGGUUCAGCUGUGCCUUCACCUAGAUCUUUCUCAGCCAAUGGUUCAGCACUGGACAUAGGUUCUGUCAGCCCACUUGCUCUUGGGUCUCCAGCUGUCUUGAUACCAGCCACAUCAACACCACCGUUGACUCCCUCUGGGUCCUCAUCUCCUAUGGGUGGAUGGCCAAACCAGUCUAAUAUUGUACCCCCAACCUUGCAUCUUCCUGGUAGCAGGUUGAAAUCUGCACUAUGUGCUAGAGAUAUGGACUUAGACAUGGAGUUGCUUGGGCUUGAUAAUCACCAUCGCUGGCAACAACAAUUGAUGGAUGAGAUAUCUGGUCUCUCCUCACCCUCCAAUUGGAAUAAUGGUUUGUCCACUGGUUCAGCAUUUGCUGUUUCUGGUGAUCGAACUGCAGAGUUGAAUAGGAUUGGAGGAGUGAAGCCAACUAACCUUGAAGAUAUUUUUGGAUCUCUUGAUCCUUCAAUUUUGCCUCAAUUGCAGGGUCUUUCGGUGGAUGCCUCUGCAUCCCAAUUACAAUCUCCAACAGGAAUUCAGAUGCACCAGAACAUUAACCAGAAGCUCCGCUCAGGUUACCCUACCAACUUCUCAUCUUCUCCUGUGAGGACAUCAUCCUUUGGGAUUGAUCCAUCAGGGGCAGCGGCAGCGGCAGCAGCGGUUUUGAAUUCAAGGGCUGCUGCCUUUGCAAAGCGAAGCCAGAGUUUCAUUGAACGAAGUGCUGUGAACCGUCAUCCUGGGUUUUCUUCACCAACUUCUUCAGCAACCGUAAUGCCUUCUAAUAUUUCAGAUUGGGGUUCCCCCGAUGGCAAAUUAGACUGGGGUAUCCAAGGAGAGGAGCUUAAUAAGCUGCGCAAGUCUGCUUCAUUUGGCAUUCGAAGCAAUGCCAGCAGUUUGGCAGCAGCCGCAGUCUCAUUGCCUGCAACUCUUGAUGAGCCAGAUGUGUCAUGGGUUCAGUCCCUGGUAAAGGAUACUUCUCCUUUGAAAUCUGGGCACUUGGGUUUUGAGGAACAGCAGCAACAGCAGUGCCAUACUAACACUGGAAGUUCAGAAAUGCUUCCAGCUUGGAUGGAGCAAUUGUACAUUGAGCAAGAGCAGAUGGUGGCUUAAAAUAUCAGAAGCCCCCAGUUGGCUGCUAAUUUAACAUUUUAGCUGGUUAUUAUUUUUUUUUUCUUUUUUUAAAUAUUUACCAGUUUCAACUUACAUCUAGGGUAAAGAAAUUAAAGAAAGGAAGGAAAAAAAAAAAAGAAGAAAGAAAGAAAGAAAAGGUCCAAGAGGAAAAAAACAAAGAAGUUGAGCAGGAUGAAGGGUAUCUGCUCAUGACUGUAGACAUGAUAUAUUGUUCUGAAGCAUAUUCUUGUGCUGAUGAGAGAGCAAAGUACCUAAUUUCAGUUUACCAGGUGGCCUAUUUGUUGGAUUAUUUUAUCUUUUAUAUGUUUAUAUACAUCAGCAUGUACUAGAAAACUGUUACAUUAAUUACUGAAUAAAACAUGUUUCAAAUUUCAGAA